AUACUGGGCAGAGAACCAUCUGGCACAGCGCAGGCUGAUUACAGAUCGUGCCAGUCGAGUCUCGAGCCUGCCAGCCCCUUCCAGCUGCCUGACUCAACACCGCAAGACGGGCUGACGACGAGGCUGCAGCUCGCUGGUCUGCGUACUCCUCGCAGCCUGCCGCCCAUCAUGCAACUCUGUAUAAGAAGGAACAAUCUCUCUAGGAGAAAUCGAAAUCCCAUUCCUCACAACACAUCAUAACAACCACUCUUGCCUCUACUGAGCUCUUAUCUCCACUUCUCAACAACAACACCAUCAUACUCGACAUCAACCAGUCUCCCCACACAUCAAGACCAAUCAAAAUGGCCGCCUUCUGCACCCCACGCUUCUACCACGGCGCCGCUGCCGAGCCCAUCGCCAUCAAGGGCCUCUUCCACUUUCUCGACAACCUGCAGGAUGACCUCGCCCUCCAGAGCGUCCUGCAGGAGUCCCUGAGCCAGCAACAGGGUUCAGCCCCUGCCCCAGCGGCCGAGAAGCAGCAGCAACCCCUGCCAUACUUCACCCCCCGCUUCGACAUCAGCGAGACCGACGCCGCGUACCACCUUAACGGCGAGCUGGCAGGCCUGUCCAAGGAGCACAUUGACAUCGACUUCACCGACGCCCAGACCAUCACUGUCCGCGGCAAGAUCCAGCGCGCCGCUUCUUCACCUGCUCAGACCACCGAUGAUGAUGUUGUCGUAGAGGACGCAGCUCCCCAGUCUCCAGCCUCCAGUGCGGCAUCAAGCCACCACGCGACAGUCGAGGAUGACUUUGAGGACCUGGCAGCCGAGACCAACACUGCCACUUCUUCCUCCUCACCUGCCCCGGAAAAGACCACAGAGAAGACUCCUGCCCCUCAACAGCAACCUGAGGCCAAGUACUGGAUCGCGGAGCGCAAGUACGGCCAGUUCGCCCGGUCCUUCAAGUUCCGCAAGACGGUUGAUGUCGCGGCCGUCUCAGCCAGCCUCGAGAACGGCGUACUCAGCAUUGUCGUGCCCAAGAAGAACGAGAGCCGCAAGAUCUUCGUCAACUAAAGCAGUCGUUGGACCCGCUGCAUAGAUAUAUUUUCCUUGAGGUUUUCGUUUUGUUCAUUUUUUUCAUCCACAUUACUGAGCAUUUACACAUGGCAUGGGAAUAUAUUGCGAGUCUAGCAUAGCACAGACGAUCCGUUCACUCAAACCAAUGAAAAUCCAACAAUCUCUUGGUCCUUCCUGCAUCUGUCGGCAUAAAUUGUGAAACCAUGUGAAAGAAAGUAAUUAAAAGACCAAAAGGUCUGCAGCCGUGGCUUGACACUAGAAG